GUGACGUGUGCAAGGGGAAAAGAAUUGUUUGCGUCAAAAUUCACUCUUGCAUCCCAACAAGUUCAUAUUUUGGCCCUAAAACAUUGCUACUUACCUCUACGCUAAAAUGAGCAUGUCGAUUGAAAACGCAGAUGUGACCAUGGAGAAGCUACCUGACACAACAGGCGCACAUGGAGACGCACAAGCAUCAGAACCAAAACCAAAGGAGUCAUCGACACUCAACCCAGCCAUGAAGCUGAGUGGUUGGCGAUUGGUAGUCACACUUCCCUGCAUCUUUACGGGCAUGUUUUUAGCGAGCAUGGACAGUUCGAUUGUUUCUACGGCACUCGUCACGAUUGGCAACGAAUUUGACAACUUCAUCCAGACAAUCUGGGUUGUCUUGGGUUACUUGAUAUCCUACAUGACGUUUGCCAUGUUGUGGCCCAGAAUCAGUGACUUGGUAGGAAGAAAAUGGUCCUUUAUCGCAGCGACCGUAUGUCUACUAGUGUUUUCACUCGGUUGCGGACUAUCCCGGAACCUGUCACAACUCAUUGCGUUUCGCGUCCUACAAGGGCUUGGUGGCUCCGGCUUAUACAGUCUGGGAAACAUGGUGCUGCCAGAAGUCACACCCAACAGCUGGUAUUCGUUUAUGAUUGCGAUGCAGGGCAUCAUGUUUACGCUGGCUGGUGUCCUUGGUCCGCUUCUAGGUGGAAUUGUGUCUACCGAGACGACGUGGCGAUGGAUCUUUUAUCUCAAUCUUCCGCCAUGUGCCGUCAUUGCCGUCGUCAUGGCUUUCUCGUGGUCUGAGAACAAGCCAGCCAAAUGUUUCAAGGAGAGACUAUCGGAUGCACUGGACUAUGAUUUUGUGGGAAUCACCUUGUUCACAGCAGCCAGCUGCUGUUUGGUCCUCGGCAUCCAGCUUGGAGGCUCGUCGUAUGCACCGUGGAUAUCGCCAGAUGUGCUGGGACUGCUGGUGGGAUCAGUGGUCUGCGGGGCGCUGCUCAUCAUCUGGAAUCAGCGGCUGAAUGCUGCGUCAGGCAAAUCCACAUCGGUGCAGCCCCUGUUCCCGUCGAGCCUCUUGCGGAUCCGGCUGGUCAGUGCCGCAUUUAUUCUUUGUUUUCUCGGGGGCUUCAACAUGUUUGUUGCAAUUGUCAACAUCCCGCAGCGAUUCCAGACGGUCCAUCACGACACGGCGCUCAUUGCCGGCGUGCGACUAACACCUUUUUUAGUGUCAAGCGCGCUAGGCUCCGUGGCGAGCGGGAUGGUGUGCGCGCGGCGCAACUGGACAUUUGGGAUAUUGCUAACUAGCAGCAGUCUAUUGUUUGUCGGAUCAUGCUUGCUCAUGUCGAGCUCUGAAGGUAACAGCAGCGCCAUUAGCCCGGCCAUCUAUGUGUAUCAGGUGCUCUACGGCCUCGGUACUGGGGGCAUCUUAUCUGGGACAGCCUAUGUAUCUGGGCUAAAUUCGAGUUACCGAGACUAUGGUAAGUUGGGGUUGCAUCGCAUUCGCGAGAGUGAAAGAAAUAUUGUCUGUCAGCUGCUCACCACCCUACGUCUUUCGCGUAAAAUAGGACUUCAAUCGGGCAUCUUGAGCCAAGCUCGCAUCUUUGGCGGCUGCCUAGGGCUAGUGCUGUCAACGGUAGUGCUGAACGAGACGUUCCGGACGGGCCUAGGCUCGGUGAUGAGCGUGGAUCAGGUGGACCGUCUCCGGCAGUCUCUCGAUUAUAGUCGAUUUCUCAGUCCGGAGCAACAGGCGGCGGUGUCGGCGGCCUUUGUGACGGCGUUUGCAUGGCAGUUUCGCAUGGCUGCGUGUGCGGCUGGGCUCGGGAUGCUUGCUGCGUGUACGUGCUGGACGCGGCAUCCGGUGAGUCUGCAGAAGCGGUUGGAGAUUGGCGAGAUGAUUGCGAAGGGCCAGAUGAGUGUUGAGGAGGGCGAUGCGGCGGUGCGAAACGACUCGCGGCAGAGGGCCAAGGCCAUCAAGGGAGCUAGUGUUUAGUUGCAAGUAGGGUUAGCAACUUGGACAUUGUGACUUCUUCACUGCUACUCUCUGAUACUUAGCAGCUCCCAGAAAAGGCAUAACGUCUAGAUAGCGUGUAAGGCGAUGCACCCCUACAAUGAGAAUUGGCAAGCGAGCCACGUCAUCGACGAUGGUGUCUACUUUCGUUUUAGCCCAGAAACAAAAUGCAAGCGAACCAUCAAGCCAAUAUGACAGGCAAGCAAAGAGCUGGCCCUCGCUACAGUACCCCCUUUGGCCGGCCUCUGUGUCGUGACUCGACCUUCCCAAGCUGGACAAGCCCGCCGUGAU